CUCUGGGUGCUUGGCUACCUUGAUGUGUCGAGCUCCUGUUUACUACAACAAAGAAACCGUCGCUUAAUCGCCAAAAACAUUAGUAACAGCGCUGGAAUAACGUUGUUGUUGUCAGCGGAGGAGGAGAGGUACUUCGUUUCUUCGUAUCCCGCGGAGAUUUCGCCCGGGAAAACUAUCGUUUGUGGACUGAUUGAGGACUGGUCGGUGAGUGUUAUCCCCGUGUAUCCUGGACCGCCCGCAGGAUUUGGGUUUCCUGCAUGCGAGCAAAAUACCGGGAGGAUUUGACGUCCAGUCUUUUGAGCUCUGUGGUGACGACGGGAGAUCGGGGCUCUUCUCACCGCCACCAUGUGCGAGCUUUCAUCAGGCCACUUCACAGCCCUCUGAGCGGAAACCGGACCACCGCCGGCGCAUACUGUGAAGGCACGCUGCCGCCGCACAGACAGUGACGCACACGCGGGAGUGACAGCGGCUCUGUCUUUCUGAAGAAAUCUGUGGCAUGAAACCAGAUCACACAGGUCUCUCGUACACCACCUUCAUCUCCCUUUACCACUCUCCAGUUAGAAACACACACCUCAGCUUCACUGCAUUGAUGAGGUAACGUCAGGCUCCGUGCAAGAACCCACCUGCAGCGACGCCUCCUUCCCCCCUUCUUCCUCUUCCUUCUGUCAGUCAUUGCACCGCAGCCAUGGGCCAAAAAAUCUCUGGCAGCAUUAAAUCAGUAGAUGGUCGCGGGGAAAGCGGUGGCUCCCCAUCCUACCGACCCCUGACUCAUCGCCGGCAGCACCCUGAGCUAAGGGGCCCAGAUUUCUUCAAACCUCCCAGGCUGGAUCUCCUACUGGACAUGCCGUGCGCUGGACUGGAGACUCAACUCCGUCACGCGUGGAACGCCGAUGACCGGUCGCUUAACAUCUUCAUCAAAGAGGACGAUAAGUUAACGUUUCAUCGCCACCCUGUCGCUCAGAGCACGGACUGCAUCCGGGGGCGGGUCGGAUACACGAGGGGACUCCAUGUAUGGAAGAUCAACUGGCCUGUCCGGCAGCGAGGCACCCACGCUGUGGUUGGAGUGGCAACCUCCGAAGCUCCUUUGCAUUCUGUUGGCUACACAGCGUUAGUGGGGUCAGACUGCGAGUCCUGGGGCUGGGAUCUGGGACGUAAUAGGCUCUACCACGACAGUAAGAACAGGGCACACAGCUCACUGCCCUCUUACCCUUGUUUCCUGGAGCCGGAGGAGUCGUUCACCCUUCCGGACUCUCUGCUAGUGAUACUGGACAUGGACGAAGGGACCUUAAGUUUUAUGGUGGAUGGACAGUAUCUAGGAGUGGCAUUUAGAGGACUGAAAGGAAAGAAGCUGUAUCCCAUCGUCAGCGCCGUGUGGGGACAUUGUGAGAUAUCCAUGAAGUACAUCAACGGCCUGGAUCCUGAGCCUCUUCCUCUGAUGGACCUGUGUCGGCGUGCGGCCAGAGUGGCGUUAGGUCGGGAGCGGCUUCAAGAGAUCGAGCGCCUUCCUCUGCCCCAGUCCUUAAAAAAUUACCUCCAGUACCAGUGACUGACAUCGGUAGAGCCAGCUGGGAAUACAAGGAACAUACAAGGAAGUCCGAAGAUGGAUGAUUGAUGCAAGCAUGUCCACAGUGGGAGCGCCACAGCUCUUGCAGAUUUCUAAAGAUGGUGUCUGAACUGACGGGGGUCAAACAAAGAAUAGGACAGCACCAGCUUCUUUUGGAUUUCGAGCUGCUUUUUUUCAUUCGCUCAGAACUUGAAAUAAAUUCUUAAUGAUGGCGUCCCAUCAGUGUCUCACUCAUCCAGAAUAAAAGCCCAUCCUCAGAUGGCACAGCGUGGUUAAGCAGUCGAAAAGACGGUGGUAAGACAACCACCGCCACCUAGUGACGGGAAUAAAAACAGCACAGAGAAAGCACACUAAACCCAUCCACGGAGGCCUUUCUGACGUGCAGUCAGCAACCAUUAUCAUUGCUGUUGAAUCCCAUAGAGAGUGUUCAUGAUCUCCACUGGCACAGGCUGCAGAGUCCAGAUGUCCAAAAGGAUUUUAGCACUAAUGUUUUUAUCAGAUUGACAUCGGGCCACGACCAAAAGCUCACACUGCAUACAGAGCACAUCAAAGUGUGGCUAAUGGGCUCUAUGCACAGUUUGAAAGUCAGUAUGCCAAAAGAUAUGCCCUGGCUUCAGGGAGACAUUAGUUAAAAGAUAAGCCCUUUUCAGACAUGUAGCAUUUCUGGCCCUUUUAAAUGGAGACUUAUUAAGAUAUUCGUAACAACUAUACACGCGCAUAAUGUUCGUCACGGUAUGAAGCAAAAGUGCUCUCUUGCACCGAUAGUAAAAAUUAAUGUUGAAGGCGGGGGGAGUCACCAGUUCUCACUCAGUUUUAAGAUGUUUUAACAUAUGACAGAUUUUAAUCUACUGUUUGUUUUAUGAGAUUCCAGUAGAGAUAUAUGGAAACCAUUUUACAUACAGGAUGUGUAUGAUCCUGUAUGUGUGGAAAUCAAUGAAUUAGUCGACUGAUUUAACCAAACGGAUAUUCAGGCUGAGAUUUCUGCUGAUUUUUGUUUAUGGUGCAGAAUUUUCAAAAAGCUAUUUAAAAAAAGAGAGAACAUUGUAAAGUGAUUCAUCCUUUGCUGUCUGCAAAGUCUCUGCAACCAAAGCUUGCUCUAAUGUGAUUGAUCAACAACAAGUGGACUACUAACUGAAACCAGAGUGCUCCCACUAAUCAAAAUCUUGAUUUUGCAUAUUUCACAUACAGAAUCUGGUAGUAUCAUAGUGAUCACCCUGAACGAAAGCUGAGAAAUUAAGGACGAUUAUUAUUUAAUGUAUAAACAACUUUAAUAAGUUAGAUUUAGCUCAUUAACUCUACUUCCCUGCCCUACAAACUACAGAUUGUUUGACUAUAAAGCUCCCAAAACUUCUGGAGCAGAGAGGCUUUCAGUUGUAGCAGAUGUAGCUGACGAUCACCAACAAUAAACAACAGCCUGUCAUCAGAUUUUUGGUUAGAAAGUGGAACUGCUCUGCGUGUCUGAAAGGGGCUAAUCAUGCUUGUUGUGUAAAGUAUUGGAAUUUUUUUUUUUUUCUUUUUGAUUGUUUGUUUUUGUUUUUUACGGCACUGCGAACCAUUCCUCACCAGACACUAGAUCAUGUAUUACGAUGUCAUCUCACAACCAAAGUAUAUCACAGGAAGCUGCAGAGUGCACGAAUGUAUCUGCGAGCUGCAGGUCGCGGGCCGGACACGCUGUUGGCACGAAGACGCCACCUGCUGCUGUUUGUAGCACCCUGCUGUAGCUCACGGCGGGCGGACGGUAUCCGUCGCGCUCGCCGCACAACUGUCUUAAUGACCACGAACGACAAACUGACAGGGGCGGAUCUAAGCCGACUCGAUCCGCGACUCGAGGCUGUAGUAGCGCAGGCGAUGUGCUGCUGGCUCAUAAUAGGAUGCAGAUGACCAAUGCACAACCACACACGUGCUCACUGAAGACCAAUCACGUUUUCUUUCCAAUAAAAAGACUGAAGUCACUUUUUUUGGUUUGAUUUUUUUUUUACUCUUGGGUUUAUAUCCUUCAUUAAUAUUAUUAUUAAUAUUAUUAUUGUUAUUGUGAGUGUGGGGGUCUGACUGAUGACGGUAGGAAGACGAUGUUUAUUUAUGACAGGCUAGUUCUGUUUAUUUCAUUAAACUGAUCAUUGAUGGUUACAUUCAGGUAAAUUAAAUGCAAAGAUGCUGACGAUGAAGGGAGAUAGAAAUUAAAAUUUUUUGUUCGAUGCUGCUUUUAUUAUUAUUAAUAUUAUUUUAUUAUUAUUAAUAUUAUUAUUAUUUGUGAUGGCGGUGGUCUUACCUCCUGUUUCUGUAGGUUAGGAUGGGGGAAGAAAGGACCUGUUCACGUACGUAGUCGAAUGUAUGGACAGACGGUGCAGUUGAGAUGUCAACAGACAUGAAAUGUGAAUAAAAGCC